UUAGAUACCAUGGCAUGACAGUGUGGCAACACAAUGGCGAAACUAAAAAAUUGUGUUGCUGACAUCUGGUCGUUGCAAAACUAUUUCGAGCAGAUUUUGUGAUAUUUCGUUGUGAUCGGUCGAUGAAUCCCCAAGUUAUAUUUUAAUGGAAAGUGCGAAUACGUUUUAGCGGUUGGAUAGACAGCAGUUAAGACACAUUUUGCACUUCAAAACUUAAUAAGUAGUUCAACGACUAACUAACGGAACUCCUACUCCUACAAGCAGUAGCUGCCGCUGUCCGUAAAGCAGUACUAGGAGUUACACGAUUCACCGCAACAAAAAGUAAAACUCAGUUGAAAUAGGAACCCAACAAGGAUCAACACCGAAAUGGACAUGAUCACGGUGGGGCAGAGCGUCAAGAUCAAGCGGACGGACGGCCGCGUUCACAUGGCCGUUGUAGCGGUGAUCAAUCAGUCAGGCAAGUGCAUCACAGUCGAAUGGUACGAGCGUGGUGAGACGAAGGGCAAAGAGGUGGAACUGGAUGCCAUACUCACGCUCAAUCCGGAACUAAUGCAGGACACCGUGGAGCAACAUGCUGCCCCGGAGCCCAAGAAACAGGCCACCGCCCCGAUGAAUCUCUCGAGGAAUCCCACACAAUCGGCAAUCGGUGGCAAUCUUACCAGUCGCAUGACCAUGGGCGGCAACAUGCUGAACAAGAUUCAAGAGACCCAAUCGAUUCCACAUCCGCUGGGCAAUAGCAAUAGCGUAAAUACGAACAGCAACUCAAAUGCCACGGCCGGUGGAGGAGCUACCACAACCACUGGAUUACAGCGACCACGGUAUUCGCAGAAUGCCGCUGCUCAGCAGCAGACUAGAAUCGCUUCGGCGGUGCCCAAUAACACAUUACCCAAUCCCGUAGCGGGAUCCAGUUCUACUGGUUCAACUGCCCAAUCUGUAGUUGCUCCAUCCAGCAACACGACCCAGGGAGCCGGUGCCCGCCGUUCGCACGCUUUAAAAGAAGUAGAACGGUUGAAGGAGAACCGCGAGAAGCGACGCGCUCGCCAGGCCGAGAUGAAGGAGGAGAAGGUGGCCCUGAUGAACCAGGAUCCCGGCAAUCCCAAUUGGGAAACGGCGCAGAUGAUACGCGAAUAUCAGAGCACACUGGAGUUUGUGCCUCUGCUCGAUGGACAGGCUGUCGAUGACCAUCAGAUCACAGUGUGCGUGCGGAAGCGACCCAUUAGUCGCAAGGAAGUCAACCGCAAGGAGAUCGAUGUCAUCUCAGUGCCGCGCAAGGACAUGCUUAUCGUGCACGAGCCGCGCAGCAAAGUCGAUCUCACCAAGUUCCUGGAGAACCACAAGUUUCGCUUCGAUUACGCCUUCAACGACACGUGCGACAAUGCCAUGGUAUACAAAUACACAGCCAAGCCAUUGGUUAAGACCAUUUUUGAGGGCGGAAUGGCGACGUGCUUCGCCUAUGGCCAGACAGGAUCUGGCAAGACGCACACCAUGGGCGGCGAGUUCAACGGAAAGGUGCAGGACUGCAAAAACGGCAUCUAUGCUAUGGCCGCCAAGGAUGUUUUUGUGACCUUAAAUAUGCCGCGUUAUCGCUCCAUGAAUCUAGUCGUUUCGGCCAGUUUCUUUGAGAUUUACAGCGGCAAGGUAUUCGAUCUUUUGGCUGACAAGCAAAAGCUGCGAGUCCUGGAGGACGGCAAGCAGCAGGUGCAGGUAGUUGGUCUCACUGAGAAGGUGGUGGACAGCGUGGAGGAGGUGCUGAAGCUCAUCCAGCACGGCAACGCUGCCCGUACAUCUGGCCAGACGUCUGCCAAUUCGAACUCGUCGCGUUCUCAUGCCGUCUUCCAGAUCGUGUUGCGGCCUAUGGGCUCCACAAAGAUCCACGGCAAAUUCUCGUUCAUCGAUUUAGCGGGCAAUGAACGUGGUGUGGAUACCUCGUCGGCCGACCGUCAGACACGCAUGGAAGGCGCCGAGAUCAACAAAUCGCUCCUGGCCCUCAAGGAGUGCAUCCGUGCCCUGGGCAAACAGUCGGCUCACUUGCCCUUCCGUGUCUCCAAACUUACCCAGGUGCUGCGCGACUCGUUUAUUGGUGAGAAGAGCAAGACCUGCAUGAUAGCCAUGAUCUCGCCGGGACUAAGCUCCUGCGAGCACACGCUCAACACGCUGCGCUAUGCGGAUCGUGUCAAAGAGCUGGUGGUAAAGGAUAUCGCAGAAGUCGGCCCUGGCGGCGACAGCGAGCCAAUCGAGAUUAUGGACGAUGAAGAGGAGGAGGAGCUUAACAUGGUGCAUCAACACUCGCAUCCACAUCACCAGAAUUCCCAUGCGCCGACUUCGCAGUCGCACAACCAACGUGUCGGCGGUCCUGGCUCUCAUCACUCGGGAAGUGGUAUGCACAACAACAAUAAUAACAAUAACAAGAACGGAAAUGCCGGCAACAUGGACCUGGCAAUGCUGAGUUCGCUGAGCGAACACGAGAUGUCCGAUGAGUUGAUUGUACAGCACCAGGCCAUUGACGACCUGCAGCAAACGGAGGAGAUGGUCGUGGAGUAUCAUCGGACCGUGAAUGCAACACUCGAGACCUUCCUGUCCGAGUCGAAGGCACUGUACAACCAGACCAACUAUGUGGACUACGACCAGGACUCGUACUGCAAGCGGGGCGAGUCGAUGUUCUCCCAGUUGCUAGACAUCGCCAUUCAGUGUCGGGACAUGAUGGCUGAGUACCGGGCCAAGUUGGCAAAAGAAGAGAUGCUUUCGUGCAGUUUCAACUCGCCGAAUGGCCAGCGUUAGAUACUCUUCCUGCACAUCCGUUUCGAUUACUUUCCUCCCUUACUUUUUUACAUAACACACUUCCCACUGGCUUCCCAUCAAGUUUGUUUUUCGAAUGCCAAAUGAACUCUCACAAGAACCUAAAUUUUUUUUUAAAUGGGCCACCCACGUGGUGGAAUGACCUCCUUGGAGGCCCCGAUCCACACUUGAAGUCUUGGCGUGGUGGCUACUUUUACACAGAGUUAUGAACAGUCCGAAGGACGGACUGAGGGCAGAAUCGACCUUAAAAUAGGCGUUUCUCUUUCCAAUUCGAUGUCGCUGCUAGGCGGUUUAUUAAGUUUUUAACUACAUAAAUAACCGAGGAGCGACACAGUUGAAAGCCUGUUAAAUAUAUACUUUACGAACUAAGCACGGGAACACAGAUUUACCAUGACAGCAAAAAACUCACACACACCUAUAACACCAAAACAGCAAAACUCACUCACAGGUUUUCUUUGAAUUAUGAUUAUAAUUAAUUAAAUUAUGACUAUAAUUUCUGCGCAGUCGAUUGAUACUUUUGUAAAAGAAAAAGACAUUUACUAUAUUAUAAUUACCACUUACAUACGUUUUACUCUAUAAAUAAUAUGAGAUUCCAUUUAAUAUAAUUACCUUAUGCGAUUUGUUUCAAAUUUUUAGUUUCCUUUCAUUUUUGUCGCUCAACGGCACAAAUCUUUAAUUCUUUUUAUUAUAACUACGAACUAAUCGCGCAUUGUAUUUAUUUAAAAGAAAAACAAAAAACAAAAAACAAAAAAGGCCACAAAAACUGUAUUUAAUUUGUAUUAAUUUAUUAAAAUACUAUUGCACCAAAUCCAAUUUACAUACGUAUUCCCCCGUAACUGUAAUGAUUAUAUCUUAUGUAAACCCUAACCGAACUGCAAUCUUUGCCUGAGAGAUAUUUAGCCAGCGAGUGUUUGAUUUUUGGAUACUUUUGAUCUGAUACUUCUCUUAUCUUCUAUUAUAUAAUUUACAUUAUAUUUUUUUUUUUCGUCACGUUAAGCGACUUCGGUGAAGAAUUUAGAAUGCAAACUGUCUUUGCUAUUAUUUAUUUAAAGAUGAUUUGCAUUUCAUUUUGUACUAAUAUUUAUUAUAUAUAUUUAAUUACGUUUACACGACUAAAAACUAAAAACAGAAACCACUAAAAACUAAACUAUCGAAAGCAAAUCAAACGAAACUUAACCAAAUCAUGGAUUUUCACACACACACACACUGCUUGUACUGCGUUGAAAAUAUAAAAAACAUAAGACAUAAAACACAAAUUGGUUCCACAUACCAGAGAACGUAGUAAUUUAGUCUUAAAACAAAAAAAAAAAAAAAAAUAAACAACUAAAUCGAAAAAUAAAAAACAUACUAACGUG